AUGACCGAGGGAAAAAUUGAUAAUAUUUAUAGCCUGAAUGACGAGCAAGAACCUCCUCCAACACAAUGGAUUGGGGGCAAAGCAGCUGGGCUGAUGAAGCUUUGCACCACCGAACAACUGAAGCGAUACGUACCCCGUGGGUUCGCAGUCUCUGAGGCCUUCUUUCAGACCUGGAUGAAUGAGGUCCUUGCCAGCAACGAAUACAAAGCAGCCACAGACCAAAACUCUGGAGUUCUAAGUACUAAGGCAGAGACAGGGCACUUCUCCGAGUCAGAUGCGCAGGUGUGCUCGCACAUUCAGGCUCUAAUAAAUGAUCUGUUACUAUCUCCAGAGCAGUCCCAGACACUGCAGACCCUACAAGAAGCGAUCAGCAGCUGGCCCGGAGCGGUGGCGGCUGUGCGUUCGUCAGCACCCGAGGAGGAUGGGGAUGGCGCGUCCUUUGCCGGUUUGUUCGUGACUAAGCUGGGAGUCUCAGUCGAGCACGUUGAACUCGCAUUGCGCGAGUGCUUUGCCUCGGUCUUUGACCAGAAAGUCUCACAGUAUGGCCACACAGGUUGGCAUCCCACGAGCUUUUCGGCCGUUGUCAUGGAGAUGGUUGAACCGAGUAAGGCCGGGGUGGCCUUCAGUGCAAACCCGCUGAACUCGGACCUGGAUGAGAUGGUGGUUGAUAGCAGCUGGGGUCUCGGUGAGAGUGUUGUGGAUGGCAGUAUCAUGGCAGACCGUUUUAUCUGGGAUAAACUUGGUAGUGUUGUCCUGGAGACAAAGAUUGGCAACAAGGAACGAGAACGCCGUGUGUGUGCAAGCGGCGGCGGGGUUGAAGAACUGCAGGUGUCUGAAGAACGCGCAGGACAGACCACGCUUUCAGAAGACGAGCUACUGAGUCUCGCUAAGCUCGUAUCCAGCGUGGAGGCCGCCUAUGGUAAGCCUGUGGACGUUGAGUGGGCGUACACUCAGCAGGGCGAGCUCAAGCUACUACAAGCUCGUCCUAUAACCACGAUAUUUCCUCUAGAUCCGGCAAUGCUAACUAAACCAGGUGAGCCGAGAAGGCUGUACUUUGACUUUCAUAUCGCCAGCGACGCGACUACAAUACAUCCCUUCACACACAUGGAUCUGGACGCGUACUGGGAGGUGUGGACCAAAGCCACAGGUUUUGGGGAUAUCAGCCACCCUCCUGACGAUAGCGGUGACCACCUCUUCUUUAACGGAGCAACCAGGCAGUAUAUUAAUGUAAGUGCAACGUCCCGCCUGGGGUAUAGCCCCAGCACUAUGACUAAGGAAUACGAACAAAUAGACCUGUACGCCGCGUCCAUCCUGAAGGGGAAAGAGGCUACGAACCCCAAGUAUAAGGCGGACAAGCUGCCGGAUGACGUCACUUUCGCGAAUGCGUGGUGGUUGUUCCGACGGAUGCCACUGUGGCAUAUGUAUAUCAUGAAAAACAAGUUCAAGGCCAACCCUGUCCAGUGUGGUAGCGAACUUAGGCUGCUAUUGACAACGGCUCGCGCGGAUAUGAAGGCUAUAGUCGCAAAGGGGCCUACUUCUCAGGGGGGUUUGAUUGAGUAUGUGAACGCACUCGCUCGUGCGGCGUUCCCAGCGCUAGACCUGCAAUGUGCGGGAGCCUUUUUAACCCUCAGCGUGUUCAAGGAACUGGGCCGACAGAACAAAGCAGGCGAGACCCAGCAAAUAAGGGACGAAGCGGCGGCAAUGAUGCUCGGGUACAAAGGGGAUCCACUAAUGGAGAUGAACAUCGCGAUGUACCAUCUCGCGCAGUCUCUGCCCGUGGAACUCUGGGCAGAGUACGAUGAUAAGCUCGAUGACCUAUCGGACCGUAUUCAGCGUAACGUGGAAAGCCGUGCCAGUACGGGUGACAAGCUUCCAGCUGCUUUCAUAACAAGUUGGAAAGCGUUUAUGAGUGACUUUGGGUAUGAUGGCACCGACCAACUGUUCGUGAGCUCGCCCCGCUAUCACGAGCAGCCCGUCCUGCUGUUGCAGAAGAUACGCCACAGCGCAGGCACCGAUGUGAAGGACCCGGAACAAGCGAUGCUACAGGCGCGCGACAGGCGCCAGGCAGCACAGAAGGCUCAGCUAGACGCAGCAAAGGCUAAUGCCAAAUGGUACAAGAGCACAGUGCAAGCGGUUCUCAAACGCAACGAGGCACUGGACGAGGUCAUGUGGAUCCGAAACUCGCCCAAGCUGUUCCAGUCCGAGAUACUGAGUGCCGUUCGUACUGGUGUGCUUGUGUGCGAAACUCAGCUACUAGAGGCCAAUCGGCUGGAUGAAGCAGGGGAUGUCUUCCACCUAAAGCUCUCCGAAGUGGACCGGGGUCUCUGCUGCCCGGAACUGGACCUUCGGUAUCUCAUUGCGCCAAGAAAAGCACAGUAUCUUCGUACUAAGCGUGCGGGUAUGACCCCCUUCUUGGUGGACUCUCGGUGCCGUAUACUAAAGCCCGAUGUCAAGGAACAGCAACCGGGUACGCUAGUAGGCAUGGCCAUCGCCCCAGGUGUGGCUACGGGCAGGCUAAGGAUCCUCAAAAGUCCGAGUGAGAAGAUAGGCAGAGGCGAUAUCCUGGCCACAGUUGUAACUGACCCGGCUUGGACGCCACUGUUCAUUGGUUGUGCCGCGGUUGUCUUGCAGGUAGGAGGAGCGCUGCAGCACGGUGCACUUUGCGCUCGCGAGUACGGCAAACCAGGUGUGAGUUGCAUUGAUAUGGCGGAUCUAACAGACGGUAUGAUGGUCUCGGUGGAUGGUAACACAGGUGUUGUCACAAUACUAGCUGAAGAAUAG